UUGCCAUCUGUUGCGGUCACUUUGAUUAACUGAGCUGCGGCUCUGGGCAUUUCGAGGUGAGCACGUUUACUUGUUUUGGGAGCGGAGUUGCACACCUGUCCGCGCGAGCUUGUGAGAGACAAUCAGCGUGCGCGUGGGCUCCUUGUCCCACCGAAACGUGCCAACUGAGAAGUGCUUUCACAGCACAAAAAUUGGGAUUAAAACACACCCAGAGAGGGGAGUUAAAAAAAAUAAAAUUAAAAAACGCGGAGUUCUGCGGACUUGGCUGUGUUUCAAGCAGCACCGAACCGGAUCCCGUGUUUCUUUUCCUCGGAUUAUUUAAACCUUCAGCUUUGACUCUUUCCACUCUGACUGUGUUCCGGCUUCUGGUCUCCGCUGUGGAUUGUUGAUAAAAACCUAGAGAAGUCAGUGCCAGCCGAACCCGAGCAGUGCGGAUCCAUACGAUGCCCCCCUCUCUUUUCUAACCCCGUUUUCCCCGCUUCUCUUCUUCACCAGCUCCAUAAUUUGUGCUAGAAAAUGAUUUCUAUUUAAUUUCUGCUAAGUGGAGACACGGGAGUUGCAGAACGAAAACAUAUUCCUGUUCGUCUUCAUUGUGAUUCUGGUCUGGAUCUGUUUGGAGAAGGCGUGCGGGACUCCUGCGUUGAAGCCGCUACGCGCGUCAUUUUCCCCACUCAAAAUUGAUCAUUUUCUGGGGGUGAAUUGAUCGGGUUUCCUUGCAGAGCGCGUGGAGCAGCUCACCGAGUUUCUCACAUGAAACCAGUGAAACAACUUUAUCCCCCAAUUGCGGAAAGAAACCAGACGUCUAUCGGACUCCGGCAACGUUGAAACUGGACUCUAAUGCAUUUCUAGCGAUUUAUUUAUUUGUUUUAUUUCUAUUUCAUUUUGCUAAGACCUCGACAGCGCAUUGUCACGCGCCCAGAUACACAUCUGUCCAUUGCGCAUCAUCCAAGUUGGAGAACCCCGCACCAGCUCACGCCCGCAGGCGAAGCUUUCGUUCUCCACUACAGAUCCGAAACUACUGGGACGACUGGGAUUUUUAAGGUCCAUCCGUUGGGAUUUCUUCUACCAUGUCCGGUGUGCGGGAUUUCAGAUGGACUCCCAUCAUCUGCGCCGCGGUGCUUUCAUGUGCUCUUGCAGGUAAAAUCUCCCCAACCAACUCGGAUGUCCUGUUCAGCGCCUCAGCGAUGACAGCCAGCGCUCCACCACCCAGUGUGUAUCUGCCUGCCAGCUUCAAAAUGUCCAAUGCACAACUGGCUUUCUUCUUGCGGGAGGCCCAGAUCACAGGACAAACGGUUGGCGGCGGCAGUAGGAGGAGCAGCAGCAGCAGCUCUGGACAUCCGCUGCAGCGCUCCGAGAGUUUUGUGGUUUUCCAGACAAAAGACCUCCCCGCCAUCAACAUAAGCUUUGGGCCUUUUGCCCAGGACCAGGCUCUAUCCAAGGAGCUGCUGCAGCCAGCCAGCCCUCUGGACAUCCCGGGGCAGCUGACAGUCGGCUGGAAGGUGCGGGCCUUCAUUGUCCAGGCAAGGGUCUUCUCCAACAACCCCAUCGUCCAGGUGUUCUUCUACAUUGCGGGCCGUGACUGGGACGACUUCAAGGCUCAGGACAACCUGCCGUGCAUCCGACUGCACGGCUUCAGGGACGUCCGGGAAAUCAAGACGUCCUGCCGCAUGAGGGGCAACCUGGCCAAGUGUUUGGCGCAGCUGGAGCUGCCUCCAUCCUGGUUCAACGCCAACGUGGCGCCGCUGGGCCGCAGAAAAAGCUCCAGCGACGGGCUCCUGGAUGGAUUAACCAGUGAGACUCUGCAGGCCGAGCUGUACUACACGCUGCACGAGCCCAAUCUGGAUGGAGAAUGUAGUGAGGGUCACAGAGGGGGUGGCGGGGCCAGAGGAGAACCUCUGUCACAGCACCCUCUGCUGCGCAUCGGGAGUAUCAGCCUCUACCAGGCCAGUCAGGAGCAGCUGCUGGUGGACAAACAGCUGGACAAGAACAUGUUCCUCAGGCUGCCAGAGAAACCACUCAAACCUGGAGAAACACUGAAGAUCCUGCUCUACCUGAUGCCCAACUCCACUGUGGAACAAUUCACCCUCAAGGUCAAGGCGAAGAAAGGGGUGAACCUGCUGCAGACCAAAUCCAAGAACACUCAGUGGAAGGUAGACUGGGAGGUGCAGUCCGGCGCCAAGCAUUCCAUCACCACCAUCAAUGUGAGCAAGAACAAGGCAGUGAAGCAGGGUGAUGUGCUGGGGAACGUGGAGGUGAUGCAGUUGGAUUUUGAGAUGGAGAACUUCACCAGCCUCUCGGUGACCAGGAGGAUCAACUGGAACAUCGACUACAAGGGACAGAACCCGGUGCCGGACUCAGAAAAGGUCGUGACGGAGCUCACAGUGGUGCAGCGGGACAUUCAGGCCAUCAUCCCUCUGGCUAUGGACACGGAGAUAAUCAACACGGCCAUUCUGACCGGACGCACCGUGGCCAUUCCCGUCAAAAUGGUCUCCAUAGAGAUGAACGGAGCCGUUGCCGACGUCUCAGCCUUUGUGCAGUGCAAGUCGUCUAAUGAAGACAUCGUAAAGGUCUCCAUGAAUUGCGACUACGUGUUCGUCAACGGCAAGGAGACGCGGGGCUCCAUGAACGCCCGAGUCAUCUUCAGCUACGAGCACCUGAGUGCGCCGCUGGAGCUCACCGUCUGGGUGCCCAAGCUCCCCCUGCAGGUGGAGCUCACCGACAACACUCUAAGCUUCAUCAAAGGCUGGAGGGUUCCCAUUCUGCCUGACAGAAGGAGCACUAGAGACAGCGAUGCAGAUGAAGAUGACGACGACCGGCGAACGAAUCGCGGGUGUGCCCUUCAGUACCAGCGGGCCGUGGUCAAAGUGCUGACCCAGUUCCACACCACUUCCACGGAGGGAACGGAUCAAGUCAUCACCAUGCUGGGACCAGACUGGCAGGUGGACGUCACAGACCUCGUCCAGGACUCCCUGAAGGUGGUCGACCCAAAGAUCGCAGAGCUGGUGGACAGGACGAUUCUUGUGGGCCUGGAGCUGGGCUCCACUGUGCUGAAGGUGGAGUCUCCGCUGGCAGUGGACGCGGUGCUAGGCGAGGCGUCGCUCUCCGUCACAGACGACAAGGUUUCCAUCACGGAGCUGCGGGUUCACACCGUGUCGGGCCUGACCCUGUCCCUGCAGCCCAGCCCCGGCAACAGCCACACCAUGGUGGCCAAGGCGUCCGGUGUCCAGACGCUCACGGCCCUCAAACAGGAGGCCAGUUUGUCUGUCUGGAUGCUGUUCAGCGACAACACCGCCGCCCCUCUGACUUACUUUGAUCUCAAAGACUACAACCUCAAUGCCUCUACUCUGGACGACAAAGUUGUGUCAGUAUCCCAGGAGCCACAGCAACGGUGGCCUGUGGUGGUAGCAGAAGGCGAGGGAUCAGGAGAAAUGGUGCGUGUAGAGAUGACCAUCUGCGAAGCCUGCCAGAAGACCAAACGCAAAAGCGUCAUUGCAUCUGCUGCAGUUUAUGUCAAGGUCCGCUUUGGCCCAGAGGAAGACUCUGAGGAAGAAACGACCACAGAGGGUGAGAUUGAGCUGGCAUCUGUCACCAGGCGGACAAUCAUUGAUCCCAACAUCAGUGGAAGAAUUUAUGAUACUUCUAAUGAGCAGCCAGCCAGUGUUCCCAUUGAUUACACUAAUUUCCCCACCAUUAGCAACCAAGAGCAGCCGACUGAGAGUGAUGAAGAGGAGGGGGACGAUUUUGUGCAUUCGCCACGCAACAUGACUGAUCUUGAGAUUGGCAUGUAUGCUCUGCUAGGCGUCUUCUGCUUGGCUAUAUUGGUGUUUCUAAUCAACUGCAUUGUUUUUGUGCUUAAAUACCGCCAUAAGCGCAUCCCUCCUGAAGGCCAGGCCAACAUGGACCAUUCUCACCACUGGGUGUUCCUUGGAAACGGCCAGCCGCUCAGGGCCCAAUGCGACCUGUCUCCACAGCAGGUGGAAAGUCCCAGCAACCCUUUGGAGGGUGUACAAACUUGCUGCCAUGGGGACCACCACAGCAGUGGCAGUUCCCAGACCAGCGUUCAUAGUCAGGUCCAUGGAAGGGGUGAUGGCAGCUCUGGUGGUUCAACAAAGGAUAACGGCGAGGAGGCCAGUUCACCCACCUCCAAACGCAAGAGAGUCAAGUUUACCACCUUUACCACCCUCCCCACAGAGGAGCUGCCCUACAACUCCAUCCCCAUAGCAGACGAAGAGGACAUUCAGUGGGUUUGCCAGGAUAUGGGCUUUAAAGACCCGGAGGAACUCCAUGAUUACAUGCGCAGAAUAAAAGAAAUAGCCUAAGAUUGGAGGUGCAUUGCGAAAGCACUGCUGUCGACUUUCUAAAGAGACAGUUCCUUUCUAUUUUUCCCCUUUUUUCAAGCAAGUGAAAGAUGGUUUUACACAAACUUUAAGGCCAACAAUUGUUGUUCUGAUUAGGGUUUGUUCCAUGUAGUUUGCACAGUGCUGUAAUCUCAUACAUCCUCACACAGGAGAGAAUGCAAGAAGCCAAAGACUCAACCAGAGGAUCUCAAUCACAAGAGACGUCUCUAAAUCUUGGCUGUAGGAAACAUGUUUCACUUGGAAGCUGAGCCAUGGAUACAUAUGAGAGCUGCUCCAGCUCCAGUUUUUCAGGAUUUAACUUUUACAAAAUCCUGACACGGACAGGAGUACAAGGGUUAAUGUGUUUCAGUGGCUCAGCAGGACUCUGCAGUACUGUACCUACUCCAAACAAAGAGGCCUUUGAUGAACAAGGAACUGUCAAAGACUCUAAUUAAAACCUGUUUUAAAAUAAUUUUGUUUUUGCCAAAGUAGAAAAAGCAUUCUUUUACUGGCAAAACCUUUGUUGUCGUCGGUGUAGCACAUUCAUGAUUUGUACUCAUCUUCAUUAGGUAUUUUUUCUACAUUUCGUAGGUAGAUGAAAGCAGUGCCCUACUACAGUUCCUGGUGUUCCUGACAAAUCUGAUGCCUUAUAAAAAUGGUCACAGUUCACUUAUAUCAGUGCAGACACUGUUUUCUCACUGUUAGGAGGCUUGAGUACAGCAUUAAAGUAAAACACUACAGCUAUUCUCCAGCCUGAAGAGAUGAGCGUCGCAUGAAAAGGUAACCUAAGGCACAAUCAGCCAACUUUUUCCAAAUUUGUACAUGUUUAUAAUGUAAUUAAACAAUUAUUCAUACACAUUAAUAAACUAAAUGUUACCAUGCUUUACACGCAUGUCAUGUUGGGCUUACAUACAUACAGACAUUCCUCUUUGUAUAUAAUUGUCAAACUGGAGUUGCUUAAAAUGUUACAAGUUUCUUUCUCCAAGGAGGAGAAAUGGGAAUCUGGUUGAACUCUUGGGAUCUUUAGAAUCUUGUGGUCGGUCAAAGUUUCUCCACUGUAUUGCUGUGACAGAUGUAGGUUUUUAUUGCUCUGGAAUCUCAUUUGACUGUUCGAUGUGGGAAUUUGCUAUGCAGAAGUUUUAACAGAUCAAUAUUUUUGAUGAUUCCUUUCCCUUUUCAAGCUUUGCAAGCCUAAGCUUUGAGAAUGUAGGAAACUGAGAAAUACACCAAUUGAGCUGUGUUUGAACUGCUGUGUUUGAACUGCCUUGUCAUUCACUCUUAAGUCAUACAUAUUGUAGCAACGUUCAACUUUCUCAUCCAUUAGAAUGCUAAUGUUUCCAUACUAACUUUGAUGCAAGUGUUUUUGUAACCCAGGAAGCUUCAGCUAACAUAAAAAAUAUAUCAGGAUUUUUCAGCUUAAUAAUGUCCAGAGAUGCUUAUUGUCUCAAGUUCAAAGUGACUCAUGCUCAAAUUCAUUAAAGUUCAACUUGAGAUGUUAGUCAAAACCGCAAAAUUUGCCGACCAUCAGCUCAGAUUUAAGUUAGCAUUUUGAGGUUUUUAUAGCAAAUAACUGGGACUAUCCUCCACAAUUAUGAAGUGUUGUGGCAGUGAAGUGUCUGUACCACCAUCCCCUGCUUGGUUCUCUAAUGAAAAUGUUAUUUUGACUGAGUGAACAUUUCAAACACAGCUCUGAAUACAUUCUGACUGAGCACAGCCUCCUCUAAACUCCACAGAAAUGUGAAACACCCUUAAAGAAGGUCACUGAAUAUAUUAUUGAUUUUCUUUCAUCAUUUACAUCACAGCCAUUUCAUGCUGUCCCAUUCUUUUAGCCGCGUCACGUUAUAUAUGAAUUCCAUGUUUUAUUAAUAAGUUCCAAUAAACUUGGAAUAAAUAAACUAAAGCUUGCAAAGUUGCCCCAAACUAAACAAUAUGAGCAGGACCACAGUGAGUUAAGGAACAGCCGGACCAGGAUGAAGGAAAGAAACUGUCGCCGCUGGCUGUGUGAAAUGUGAAGGUGUAUUCGUGAGGUUGUGUUCACUUUACAGACGAGCCAGAUCAGCUGAAAUCAAGCCAUCUUUUUUAGUUGUGUUAAUUGUUGCUUUUUAAAAUAUACCUGACACUGAACCUAAAUAUUAGUCAGAGAAUUAAAGAACUUUAGAAACUGAGAUUUCAAACAGAAUAUCACCGUCCAGAAAGAUAGUUUUCAUUUCAGACGGUGUUUCGUUUUUCUAGAGAUGACUUUUGAAGAUUAACAUUUUUCCAGCUCUGAUCUCACAUGAAACAUAUUCAUCUCUCAACCAUGAGAUGAAAAAUGACUUUCUAGGACGGUUUCCUCUAAUUCCCUACACUGGAUUUUAAGGGCUUUGAUUUUUUUAUUCCUUUCACCCAACUUACUGAUUUUACCUUAUUAAAGUCCCUUUUAUAGUCGGCAUCAUCUUACCUGCUUUCAUUCCCCAUGUUCUUAAAUUAGACACAAUCCAGAAAUAUUAUGCAAACACAUGUUUCACAGGAGGAACUGAAACAGACGUGUUUAAUUCUCUCAGCUUGACAUUUGCUAUUUGAUUGUGUGGCAGUUACAUGGUGGAACUGUUUGCUAACAAUGUAAAUAUUGGAACAAAACCGGCUUUAAUUUAGCUUAACAUUUACAACUAUCAGUAAAAUAUUGCUUUAGCUCGUCCACAUGUACAUAGACUCACAGUUGAUAUUCAUGAAUCCUGGACUGAGUUUACUGUACUUGCUUUACUGCAUGCCCUCUUUAUGUUCUGUGUGAGAAAAACGAAUGAGCGGUAAAAAUGUUUUGAUUGCAAGGUGAAACAUUACUUUUGGGGUGUCUAAAGAUGCGUUUCGACUGUAGACCUUUUUAUCUAGAAGCUAUGUUCUCUCGACAUUUUCUCCAAGGGAAAGUUUCAAGAGAAGUUUAGCAACAGAAAACAGCCCUGAUGGUCAGGUAGGAUUUUUAAGAUCACUCCGAACAUUCAAGGUGGGUUUACAGUCACUGGUUUGUAUUACAGAUCAUUACUUCAUUUAAUUCAGUGUGGAAUUAUUAGUGUUGUUUGUCGUCAUGCAGAAUAAUCAUGGACUACUUUUCUGUUGUUGGAGGGAUUUUACUUUUGGCCUUUGCCUUUUUUCUGUAUCAGCUGCCAAAGUCGCAGGUAAAUAAGGCACUCUGUAGCGUUUCCAUGACAAAUGUGCACAAAACUUAGUCAAUAUACCACUAAUGUAAAAAAAAAAAAACACACAAUUUUGCAGUUGCAACACUUCCAUUAGAUAAGAAACGUGAUUGAAAUCACACAUAAAUACGUUUGUUUAUGCAGUGUCAUCUGGUCGUUGAUCAUGUGACUCGUGUGAUGAAAAAAAAAUGUGUUUCCACUGCAGUUCUGGAAAAUAAGCCAAAUUUUAUUUGAGGAAAAAUGGGUUAAAACUUUUUAAUGGAAAUGAUUUUUGUUUUUUUUGGGGUUUUUUUCUAAAUUGACUUGUUUCCAUCAAGCAAAUAUAUUUUUGAAAUGUCAAAUUGUUCAAUUAGAUUGUCAGUAGAAAUGCAGCUAAUGAUGCCAAAGUUAAUUUGAACAGCUUUUUGCCACGUUUGUUUUAGUGUAACUGCUGUUAAACAUUUCUAAGCUAAUUGUUUCACAGCAGUUGGUCUAGUUGAUGCUAAAAAUGGCUUUGUAAUUUAAAAAUAACUUCUCUUCUUCCUUGUUAUGUAUUUUCAUGACAUUUAGAGAAAUUUUACUUAAAUUUUAAAAUCCAAUUACUGUGAAAAAUUCAGAGGUCAAUGUGUCAAAAAUGUGAAAUUCUCCCUUUUCAUCUCAACAGCUAUAAAAUGAGCCAAUUUGCCAUUUCCAUAAAGUUUACAGUUAUUUACUGAAGCUGUAAAAGAGUGAAGAUUAAUGUUUUAUGUCAAUCGAAGCUUCACCAGUUACACUUCUCCAUAAAGUUUAAAAUGAUUGUACUUAUGUUUUAUAAUGUAGCUAUUAUGAAAAAAUAGGUUUAAUUUAACUGUUUUUGCUGCCACAGACUAAGAGGCAUUUGGUGUAGUUAAAUUAACUUUAAAACUGUUUUUCUGUAUCACUGCGGGGAAAAAAGAAAAAAGUUUCAUAAAGUUUCCAUGUUUUUAAUACCUAUUACACAUUCCCAUGAAGUUUUACCUAUUUUUUAUACAAGCAUUGUGAAAGAAUCCAGUUAAAAUUCAGACUCCAGUUUCUAAUCCCAGAAAGAAUUUAUUUUUUCUUUUCGACAUCUACCGUUAGAAUUAAUUUUAAAGAGUCACACAUUUUUAUGAACUUUGGUUUUACUUAUAUUUUAGAGUGUAAAUGCUGUAGAAGACCAAAAGGUUAAUUACUGUGGAACUUUGCCAUCUCAAAUGAAUCUACUUUUUCCUUGUUACACAUUUCUGUGAAGCUUUUGAAGAGUGUUUUCUUAUCUUUUAGGAUGUAGAAUCCAGGAAAUAAUCAGAGAUUAGGAUUUUAUUGCUGUGGAAAAUUGAGGAAGAACUACUCUUGUCGGCCAUUUUAAUUUUCCUCUUCUUAACAAAAGCAUUUAGACGGGGCUGAAGUAAACCUGACAGAUUAUAACAGAUGACUACAGUAAUUACAGUCGAAACGCAUCUAAGGUUUGCUUACCGUUCAACCACAGCAUGAACUUCAUUUAUCAGUUCGUCUGUUCAAAUUGUUUCUGUUUUUUCUUUAAAUUUCAGGAUGAAUGUCAAUGUCCCAAACAAACCAGACAGUUCUGUGUUAAAUGUGACUAUGAGCCCAAACUGCUGACCGUUGAAACACAAAGUAGAAAAUAUCAAACAGCUUCUUAAUUCUGAAUUUCCCUGACUUGUUCAUGCAUUAAAUAUUCAACAGUUAGAUUUUUUCCUCUUCAUGCAUUUUGUCUUUAUUUUUUAUUUUUUGUAUCUUGCUCUUGUUUUUGUGUUUUCUUCAAGCUGCUAACAGAGACUCCUUACAGUAUGUAAAUGAGAAUUUUGAAUUGUAUUCCCCACCCUCACAACCACACAGUGAACUGUGCACGACAUUCACGGCUCCAGUUUUCCUGGACCAAGUUACCACCACACUGACUAUAAUAUUGUAAUGUACAGAGCACUGUUAAAUUUCCUGUAUCCUGCUGAAAAUAGACCCUUGUAUUUUCCUGUUAAAUGUAAAGUACUAAAGAGAAUCCAAUACACAAG